UAGCUCAGUAUUUUACUACAUACAUACAUACACACACGCCUUCCUUCCUCAAGGCCAAACAAACACACGAGACUUCAUCCUAAGUCUUAACUUUCCCGAGUUUCUUCUCUACAACAAGAUCAAAUAAUGGCUUCUUCCCUUCUCACUUGUGCAGUUACUGUCGUGCUGUUAAGCCUAUUGCUUGGAUCUGCAGACAAGGUGAGUGGACUACGUCACGUACCCAAGUCCCCUAAGACAACUGAUGUCAAACACCCUGACUUUCUUGUCACCAUUGAGCCCAAACCAACUAUUCUCAUCCCCGGUGUUGGAAGGUUCUUGCUGCCUCCUAAAUGUAAGAAGCCGUUCUACCCUUACAAUCCUGUCACCGGAGCUCCCCUUACAGGUGGGGGAAUCCCAUCAUAUAAUGGUGGACAAGGGGCCGGACCUCGCACCCAACUCCCUGGUGGCGAUGAUACGCUUGUCCCGAACCCCGGUUAUGAAGCUCCAACCCCAACCAUUGGAGCUGGAGCAGGAAGCAACGGCCAAGUUCCACCGGUGCCACUACCCUGAGUAUUAUUAAUUUGUCAACAAAUAAGCAUAUCCCAGAUGCAAACGGGUCUACUUUGAUGUCCUGAGUCUUGGUUAGAUAAGUAACCUUUUGUUUUACCAGCCGUUUCGUUUAGUCAUAUGUGUGCCAUCUCUUUGUCUCUUUGUAUCUCUCUAUAUCUGUCUACAAAAAGAGAGAAUAUUGUGUCAUGUUCGUCAGAUGAAUUCAUUUUUAGAUACCAUUAUAUAUUAAAUAAACAAAAUGUUCAUGCAGUAACAUGUUAAA